AUGGAAGUCGAAGAAGCAAUAUGUGUGUACUUGGGUACACCGUCAUCAUUAAACAUUAGAGACAAAUAUGCUAAUUACUUUGUAAAUGAGGGUCGUGUAGAAUGGCAAGACACAAAAAUAUAA